AUGUCGCGCUCGAGGGAGAAUAUGCAGUUGACGCGGAAUGGAACUGAAUCGCGUGCUGCUCCCCGAAUUUCUGAGCUGCAGACAAAAGGCGAGGGCAUUGAGGAUCAGGUUGCCCAGCUUGACGACCGCAUCUCAGAGCUCACUAUGGCAGAAGCGGACCUUCGCGAAGAAUGCGAGACCACCGGCGGUAAGCUAGAAUUGCUCAGAGCGGAGAAGACUGAGCUGCAGACCCUAUUCAACGGAGUCAAGACUGCACUUGACACGACCAACUCCGAGAAGUUGGACCUCCAGGCCAAACUCGACAGAGCCAAGACUGAGUUGAACAAGACCACCUUCCAGAAGUCUGAGCUGCAAACCGAGCUCGAUGCAGCCAAAACCGAACUGGAGAACGUCAAGCUCCAGCACUCUGAGCUAGAAAAGGGGAAGGCCGAGGCUGCGACUGCGCGCGAGGCCACCAAGACCAAGCUGGAUGCAGUCAAUGCGCAGAUCUUGGACCUGGAGAACCGUUGCGAGUCUUCCAGGGCUCAGCUGAGCAAAGCCGACACUCAGAUCGCAGGGCUUACCAACGAGAAGGCAGACUUAACCACACGACUCGCGGACGCUCAAUCUCAGCUCCAAACUAAUGUUGAGCAACUUGAGGAUUAG